AUGGCUUCGAGCGGUGCCCGACGCUGGCAGCAGCUCGUCCAGGAGCUGAUCCUGAUCGCUGGAACAUCUCUAUCAACAUAUUUCGUCGUCCGCUUUCUACUCUCCAAGCUCGAACUCGACCCAGACAGCCAGAAGCGUGAUGAAGCAAAACGGAAAUCCGCAGCUGUAUUAAGACGGCUGGACCGGGAGGAAGACUCAGAUGAUGAAUCUGCGGGAAGUGGGAAGAAGAACGGCCAACGACGACCGCGAAAGGAGAAGCUCGUCUUGUCCCAGUAUGAACAGGCUAUCGCCAUGGACGUUGUUGCGCCAGAGGAUAUCCCCGUCUCGUUCAACGACAUUGGCGGCCUAGAAGACAUCAUCGAGGAGUUAAAGGAGUCCGUUAUAUACCCGCUGACCAUGCCUCAACUAUAUCGAACCUCGUCGUCCUUGCUCAGCGCGCCCUCCGGAGUCCUGCUCUACGGACCUCCGGGAUGCGGAAAGACGAUGUUGGCAAAGGCUCUUGCCCAUGAGAGCGGCGCCUGUUUUAUAAACCUGCACAUCUCGACCUUGACGGAGAAAUGGUACGGAGACUCGAACAAGCUGGUCAACGCCGUGUUCUCACUCGCUCGGAAGCUAGAGCCCAGUAUCGUCUUCAUCGACGAGAUCGAUGCUGUCCUGGGGACACGCCGCAGCGGCGAGCACGAAGCCAGCGGGAUGGUAAAGGCUGAGUUCAUGACCCACUGGGAUGGCCUAACGUCUGCCAAUGCCAUGGGCCAGCCACAGAGAGUGCUCCUCUUGGGCGCUACCAACCGCAUUCAAGAUAUCGACGAGGCUAUAUUGAGGCGAAUGCCGAAGAAAUUCCCAGUCACUCUACCCCUCGCACCGCAGAGACGACGAAUUCUAAGCCUUGUCCUGAAGGAUACGAAAAUAGAUCGGGACGAGUUUGACAUACCCUACCUCGUCAAGAUAAUGGAGGGGAUGUCGGGCAGCGAUAUAAAGGAAGCCUGCCGAGACGCUGCCAUGGUUCCUGUACGGGAGCUGAUCCGGCACAAGCGAGACUCGGGCGCCAUGAUACAUUCCGUCGACCCCCAGGAGGUCCGGGGACUCAGGACGACCGACUUCUUUAAGAGGGCUGGUGCAGUCAAGUCAUCGACGAAUACGAGCUCGUCUGCCGUCAUAAAAUCUCUCUCCGAGAAAGACUGGAGCACUGAGUCGGAGCAGGACGAUGUUAACGAGAAAGCUCCCAUCGUUCCCCUCGCUGAAGGACUGGACUGA